AUGCGAGCUAAUCCACAUCCUAUAGGUGCGGAAACCGAAGAGCUGGCCUGGGCGAAGGCCUAUAGGACCCUGGACGCAUUAAAUGCCAACCGUGAAUCGGGCUUCAACAAGCGGAUCCCGGAUGGAACUACUCCUCAGAAUGUGGGAUCUCAGCGACUCCUCGAUAUUGCCUCUCGCGGAGAUGUUCAAGAUCGUGCCCUGUGGUAUCCCACCGUGACAGCCACUAACGCGGGCGGUGCCUCAACGGCCUUGGUCGGAUCGUGGGAGACCAUUGCGGAAUCUCUUCUUGACUACGUCGACCUCGGCGCCGAGCUUAUCUCUAUUCGGGGCUAUGAUAACUUCAAUGACUCAGUAGACUAUGGUCGUUAUGUAUUGCCGAAGGUGCGCGCAGGGCUGGAGCAGCGGAAGAACGGCACUUCAGCGUGA